AUGAGGAUUUUGGCAUCGCUUGCCGCUCCGUUGGUUAGCGGCUCCCAUUUUCGGGGAGGAUCUUACCAGUACCGAUAUGAUGCGGCGACAAAUUCAAUGACCGUUAUAAGGUCGAUGAUUUGGAAAAGAUAUUCCGAUAGCUACUCCGGCGGUUGCAGCGACCAUCAUGUUCAAAAUGAAAUCCCCAGCAACUCGGCGAUAGACGAGAACAUCUAUUCACUUUCAUCCGGGAUUAAACUUCUUGGCCCGGGAAAUUCUGGGACUUCGGGAAAUUAUAUCGUGAAUGAGAUCGAAGACUCUUCUUUCAUACCAUCAGGAGAGCAUUACUGCGCCGGGUCUAUAGAAGAGCAAUUGGCCGGAAGCGUAAAUGAGCCAUUUUAUCAGGAUGCAAGUAGCUGCUGCACCGUAACACUAUACGACGAUAAUGGAUCAAGUUGGAGCGGUAGUUUUCGGCUUCAAGCGACGGUCUACGAUAUCACGAACAACUCCCCAGCUUUCAGGGCUCCAAGUCAGUUUACCGUAAUGACAGGCUGUGAGAACCAAGUGAUUGAACUCAAUCCAGUCGAUUCCGACGGAGAUACAGUCAGAUGUAGAUGGGCAACGUCUGCAGAAGCUGCUGACUGGCCUCCACCAGCUGAUAAAUCCUUCAAUUCUUUCGAAUUGGACGAGGAAAAAUGUACAAUCACUUAUCGGCCAGAAUUUGACAACUACGAGCAAGGAAUUCGGCCUAUUGCUAUUCAAUUCGAAGAUUUCGACGCGAAUAACCAAAUAAGAUCAUCUAUGCCGGCACAGUUCAUGAUCAAAGUCUUUACUCCCACUCUCCCAUCUGGUCGAAACCGCAGAACCGUGGACCUAACUCAGUACCCUCAUUGCGAAGGAUCUCCAACUUUCGACUCUCGAUCUCCAGCAAACGGCGAUCAGCUCAAAGUUCACCCAACAAACGGAAUCAAUGUCAAGUUCUACGCCUCGUACAUGCUCGGCACUUCUGGACCCUUCUACGAUCUCGAUCGAUUCUCCGUCACGGGUCCUUCUGGCAUGACCUGCAGUUCAGUUGACAAAGCUGAAGGAUCGACAGAGUGUGACUGGACUCCAACUGCGUCUCAGAUUCUGAUCGGACUGCAUGAUGUCUGCGCGAUGGCUUUCGAUCCUAUUCAGCGACCAAGCCCUCGGGUAUGCAUCAAACUCGACACAAAUGCUGGCCCUGGAGAUAGAAAUUACUGGCUUGAAAGUCUCGCACCAGGAUUCGCUGGCGCCUUUUUGAACAAUUAUGGAUGCCAGGGGCGAGGUCUUUUUGAGCCUUUUUCUAUCAACAAAGGAAAGCCCGUUGAUGAAGUCGAUAUCUACCUAAACCAAUGGAAAAAGUGCGCUCGCUGCUCUAUCGAUGUCUACAACAAUACCGUCCCCGUUGAUGAAGCUUGGAUCUACCCUGUUCCCGAGAAUAACGUCUGUGCCGACGAUAAUCUUUUCGAAAAGGCAAUUUGCGAGUGUGACAAAGCUCUUGCUACAGCGCUCAGCGGACUUACGCCAGAUCCGACUUACAGUAACUACGAUUCUGUUAUUCAUUGCGGCGAAACUUUUACAGGAAUUCGAGGGAGGCAUCCAGACCCAAAAUGUUGCCAAAAUGAACAUGGCUACUUCCAGAUGUAUUCGAUUCCGUCAGAGCAUUGCUGUGAAAACAACAAACUUAAGCCGACCGGCACCUGCUCUUCUGAUAAUGGGUUCAGCUAUCUCAACACGAUCAAAACGUAUCAUCCAGAGCUCUAA